AUCAAACAAUAAGAAAAAUCAACGGUCUUUGCCGUCUUUAUUAUUUCGAACGUGCAAUCGUGCAUCGCCUCUAUUUCUAUUUUUCUUCAUCGUUUCGGUCAGCACAACACGGCAAUUCUCUGUUCCUAUAUAUACAACAUGCACACACUUCCCUCAAUUCCAACACCUUUCUGCGUCUUUCGGGCUUACGAAAAUAAAGUCGAUUCUUAUUUUACUUUUUACACGUAUUUUGAAGUAUUAUAUCCGAACACAAUUUUUUUAUUUUUUGACGAAAAACAAAAAAUUCAUCCAAAUACUGAAAUCCAGCCGGGAUAAAUCCGAACUAUCAAUUACAACCAGAGUGUGAGAUUUUUGUGACGAGUAUAAUGGACAGAAAUCAACAAUAUGAACGAGUGUUCAAUCACAUUGAUGAGAAUGGAGACAAGAAGAUAUCAGCGCCGGAGCUGCAAAAAUGCGUGGCAUUGAUCGGCGGGGAGCUGACAGUGCAGGAGGCGGAGGCGGCGGUGGAGUCAGUAGAUUCGGACGGAGACGGAAUGCUGAGCUUGGAGGAGUUCGUGAGGUUAGUAGAAGGCGGCGGACACGAGGAGAAAAUGAACGAGUUGAAGGAGGUAUUUAAGCUGUACGAAAUGGAAGGGCGGGGGUGCAUAACGCCGAAGAGUUUGAAGAGGAUGCUUAGUAAAAUAGGAGAGUCGAAGAGCGUGGAUGAGUGUAAGCUGAUGAUACAAAAUUAUGAUCUUAAUGGGGAUGGAGUUCUCCAGUUCGAUGAGUUUAUUGUGAUGAUGUCUUGAUCCAUCGUUGCUUCAUUUACACUUCUCUCGUACAUAUAGGGAUUCUCGUUGUUUAUAGUAUUAGUCUCAACACUACAUAUAUAAGUAAGCUUGUGAUGUUUCUUGCAUUGCUGUAUAGUGUAUACUAUAUGUAGUAAUUCUUGGAACAUUCUUGUAGAUCCGUUAGUCUUUCUUGUAGAUAUGCAAAUCUCGAUCAUUUCAUAUGUUCUCUGCAGUGUUUUGAUCUAAUAUGUUCGUCCCGUACGAAUUUGUAAAGAGAGUGUCUUGUAUAUUGACUUCUAUUAUUUAUUUAUAGUUAUUUAUAGUUUUAAUGAUAAUGUACGAACUUUAAGAUUGGGAUUUAA